GGAGGAAGCGGACACGAGCCCUAACCCAAUAGAACUAUCGUACGAAAGUACGAUAGUUGAGGACAUUAAAGAAUUGGUGUUUAGGGCUCGGACUAUGAAUGGGGCGCUUGUUGAAGCUCGCAGGCCACAGCAAAGUAUGGAAGCUGUUGAGCCUCAACUAAAUAUGCUUGUCAACAGCUCCCGAGCACUUAAACGCAUUAAUCCAGACGCGCAUAAACGUGUGGUUUCUGCAAACGCUUAUUAG